CCCUUCUCCGUACGGCCUACGCGUUCUCCUCCAGAGGUACGGUGCACGGUGCGCGGCUGACGAUGGAUCCAGAGCUCCGCGGCUUUGGCUCCUGUGUGUGAGUGUCUAUUUUAAACCCAGUCACCGUUUUCGUCGUCGCCUUCUACCGCACAUCCGGCCGAGGAGGAGCAGGAGAAGAUGGGCUGCUGCUCCGCGCGACGCGUCUUCAUCCUCCUGUGUUGUUUGCAGCUGCUCGCUGCCCUGGAGAGGCAGGUGUUUGACUUCCUGGGAUACCAGUGGGCUCCCAUCAUGAUCAACUUCUUCCACAUCAUCGUGGUCAUUCUGGGCCUGUUCGGUGCCAUCCAGUACAGGUCACGUUACGUUGCCAUGUACCUGCUGUGGACGUUGUUGUGGGUCGGCUGGAAUGUCUUUGUGUGCUGCCUCUACUUGGAUUUAGGAGGCCUUUCAAAGGACAGUGACACUCUCUCUCUGGGCGUGUCGUCACACCGCUCCUGGUGGAGGGACAAUGGGCCGGGCUGCGCCGCUGAGCACCUUCCCUCUGCUGGCUGGGAGAACCAGCAGAAUCCUGAGCUGACCACAGUGCUGAGCUGCUGGCUGGAAUACCAGUACAUAGAGAUUCUGCACUGCAUCAUCCAGCUUUUCAUAUCACUCCUGGGAUUUGUUUACGCCUGCUACUUCAUCAGCACUUUUUCAGAUGAGGAGGACAGCUUUAAUUUUACUGGUGAACUUCACUAUCCCAUCAAACCCUCUCAGUUACUCUUCUAGUGUUAAAGGUUGACAGAUUAUAAAUAACGAUGAGCAAGACUGAGUUGAAACCUGAGAAGUCAAACAUCUCUGAAGAUUGGCAUCAUGUUUGGCCUCUGGCCUCAGGCUCAGUAAAUCAUCUGUCACAGGCGCUGAAUCCCAUGAGAAUCUCAUGAGAUGUUCUGGUGUGUCAUUGUAUAAAAUCCACAGGCGUAUUUAUAAUGUGUUGUCACUGCAAAACGUAAUAAGAGUGUAAUUGUGUGUGUUUAGUGCACAUGGGGGUGUGGACGAGAUCAUUGAUAUUGAGUAAAGACAGCUGUCUUACAGUCAGAUCUCAAAGAAUAAUGUUUCUUUUAUAUUCAUUGAAAUGUUUAUGUGUUGUCUCGUGUUUAAUAUACUUAAGCAAAAUAAACCACAUCUUCAGUAAUACCUGUA